AUGUAUUCCUGGUACCAAUUCAUUUUCCCUAUUGGCCUCCUCCUGCUUGCGCACAGCGUCUACCUCGCGUUGUCCGUACGCGAACAGUUGCAGCAGCACCACCAUAGCGGCGGCGAGGAUGCGGCGGCCGGCAGCGGGAGCUACUUUCCUAUUGCCGCACACGCGGCGGGGAGCGCCGCUCACAUAAACGCUUCCACUAUCCCUAUUUUCGUAGAGUUGCUUGCCGGUGUUGUUGUUGCAAUUGUUGGCCAUGUGAAGAGGGCAUCAUUCAACCGCGCACGCCUUAUUGAUAAGAAUUGCUUCGAGCGCUACGACGGUAUAAUGUAUACGGGAGUGGGCUUCAUGCACUUCAACCAUCGUGGGGCGGCGGCUGGUGGCCAUUCGGGCAGAAUUGCCAACGGCGACACCUCAUCGUUAGCGUCCAAGAAAAACGCGUGA